CUGCUCAAUUUAUAUGCCAACUCGGGUCACUGACUCCCGUCCUAUUCAAUCAUUUUAGCUGGGAAGGUUCCGUUCACAAAGAACAUCAGAUCCCAUCUCACUGCUGCAACAAUGGGGGAAAAAAAGGUGACGAUAAUGGUUCUGAAGGUGGACCUUCAGUGUGAAAAAUGCUACAAGAAGGUUAAGAAAGUUCUGUGUAAAUUCCCUCAAAUACGAGACCAGGCGUACGACGAGAAGAACAACCAGGUGAUCAUCAAGGUGGUCUGCUGCAGUCCUGAGAAGAUCAGAGACAAGCUAUGCUGCAAAGGAGGUGGCGCCAUCAAGAGCAUCGACAUCUUGCCGCCCGAGAAGCCCAAGCCCAAGGAGCCUGAGAAGCCUAAAGAGAAACCAAAGGAGGCUGAGAAGCCUAAAGAGAAACCAAAGGAGGCUGAGAAACCUAAAGAGGCUGAAAAGCCUAAAGAGAAACCAAAAGAGGCUGAGAAACCAAAGGAGGCUGAGAAACCUAAAGAGGCUGAAAAACCUAAAGAGAAACCCAAGGACGCAGAGAAGCCGAAGCCUUCUCAGCCUACUCAGCCUCCGGUUACUGCUUACCCUCCGGUGACGGUGAACGCGUGUUGUAUGGAAUGUUACGGAGGGCAUCCGGGUGGUCCCUGCCAAACUGGGUACGGUUACGGUGGGGCAGCACCAUACAUACAGUACGACGGCUACUAUGGAAGGCCAGUGUACGAUAGUUACGGCGGUGGGAGGAGCUACGCCACUAGUAGUUACUGCGUGACACGCCCUGAUUGUUUCAGUGAAGAAAAUCCCCAAGCGUGCGCCAUCAUGUAAAAUCGAUCAUAUCUGUAUACCUGCCUUGACCUUCUACUAUACUUUGUGGGAAAACUGCUUCCAGCUCGAUCGAUCGGUGUCUCCAUUUUUACAGUGUACGUUAAAGUUGGUGUUGUUUUUUAUAUAUAGAACAAAAGUAAAAUAAUAAAGCAUGGUUGGUGAUCAAUGGUGAUGGUGGUGGAUAUGUCACGAUCAGGUUAGCCAUGCCAGCCAUCCAUUAUAGAGCUAGCUACAAGAAGAAGAAGAAGAAGAAGUUGUUACAAUCUUUAUUCCAUUAAUGAAAUAAAAGUUCCAUCAAAUUGCAUAUG